UCCUUUAGUUUCAUCAUUAUACGUCAGCUCUGAAUGUUCCAUAGGUGUCAAUAUAGAUCCUCUGAGCAAGCCUUGUGUUUUUUCUUACACCAUCAUCCCAAGUAUGGCAUACUUUGAGUUCUUGGAGGUCAAGAAAGACCAUCAAGAAACUGGUCAUGAUCUCACAGAGAACCAUGUGGUCGUUGAUCUUGUUGAUGUUAAAAUUGGUCAUGAUUAUGAACCUGUGGUAACAACGUUUUCUGGUUUGUAUAGGUACCGUGUGGGUGACGUUUUACGAGUGACUGGUUACUACAACAAUGCGCCAAAGUUUCGUUUCGUGGGAAGACAAAAAGUUGUUCUAAGCAUCGACAUGGACAAGACCUACGAAGAAGAUCUCCUCAAGGUAGUGGCAAAUGCUACGCUCCUGCUUGAGCCACAUGACCUAAUGCUCACUGACUUCACUAGCCGUGUGGAUUCCUCCUCGUUUCCACGACACUACGUGCUCUACUGGGAACUCGGGAGCAAAGUCAAGGACGUUAAGGUCGAGCCCGACCCGAAGGUUAUGGAGAAAUGUUGCUUCACCGUCGAGGAGUCUCUUGACUCGGUCUACAGAAAAGGACGAAGGAAUGAUAAGAACAUUGGACCGCUUGAGCUUAAGGUUGUAAGAAGUGGGGCCUUUGAUGAGCUCAUGAGUUUCUUCGUGUCUCGAGGCUCUUCUGUGAGUCAGUACAAGACGCCGAGGUCAGUGACGAAUGAAGAUGCGGUUAAGAUAUUGGAGGCGGCUGUUGUUUCAAAGUUUGUUAGCCGGAAGAUUCCAUCGUGGGAGCUGCACGAACUGCAUUCUAGCCGAUAAAGUCACCGUUACUUCAUGCAUAGGGCUCUUGAUAGAAGAGCAAAAUAAUAAAUAAAGAGAAAAUAAAUCACCUAUUACAAAUACUUACUCCGUUUUUUUAUAUAAGUCGUUUUAAAAAAAAAAAUUAUAUUCCAAAUUAUAUGACAUUUUCAGUUUUCAAUGUAAAAUUUAUUAACAGGUCAUGAUAAUAUACAUUAUAUUUUAUUAUUAGUUGAUUUAUAGUUAAGUAAAAAUAAUUAAUGAUGUUUUUGUUUAAAAAAUAUAAAAAAUAAAUGAUUUUUUAAUCUAUGUGACAAUUCUAAAAUAAUUUAUAUUAAAAACGGAAGGAGUAUGUAAUCGAAUACAAUGACUCCAUCAUAAUCAUGGGGUCGUGUUCAAUAAAUCGUCUCUCUUUUGAUGUUGUUGACAGUUGAGACAAUCUUCCAUAAAUAGUUAUAAAUCAUUGGAAAUCUUUUACCAAUUUUAUUUCAAUUUUAUGUCUAUUAGACAAUUAAUAUUUAAUUUUAAAAUAUAUUAAUAUUUAUUAUUUUCAUGUUUCCGAAAAAUCAAUAAAAUUGAUUAAAGAUAAUUAGCGUGAAUCUUUCAAAGUUCUAAAAUAUUCACUGAUAAAUGUUAAUAUAAAAAAAAAAAAAACAAGAACGCAACGGCGUCGUUUCGGACUUGUCACACGAUGAUACGACAGCGUUUCACUUAGCUUGAGCCACUAUUCUGUGAACGUGGACUUACGAAAGCUACAGACAGUGUGGACCCAACUUAUAAGAUCCAACGGCUCCUACUCUUCCCGACACGUCACCAUCUCCGCAAAAAAAGAAAAAAAAAAAUCAAACUCACAGAUCCUUCCCUCAUCAGUAAAACUGAGAGAUCAAUCCCAAUUCAAAACAAACUCCGGCGACGAUGAUGCCACCGGAGCUACAGCCGCGGCUGUUCCGGCCACACAUAACCUCUCCCUCCGGCGAACCAACCCUAUCUCCCCCCAAUUACCCUCCCCACAUCACCAGAAACUUCACUUCCCGAUCCAACACCCCUCCCCGAUUCUCCCCCUCCUCGUUCGCCUACAACGCCCGCAUCGCCACCGCCCUCGUCCCCUGCGCCGCCUUCCUCCUCGACCUCGGCGGCGCUCCGGUCCUCGCCACCCUCACGAUCGGCCUCCUCAUCUCCUACGUCGUCGACUCGCUCAACGUCAAGCUCGGAGCCUUCCUCGGGAUAUGGAUGUCGCUCCUCGCAGCUCAGAUCUCCUUCUUCUUCUCCUCCUCCCACCUCUUCUCCUCCUUCAACUCCAUCCCCCUCUCCCUCCUCGCGGCGCUCCUCUGCGCCGAGACCACGUUCUUGAUCGGAUGCUGGAGCUCGCUUCAGUUCAAGUGGCUCCACCUCGAGAAUCCGUCGAUCGUAGUGGCUCUCGAGAGGCUUCUCUUCGCGUGCGUCCCCUUCACGGCGUCUUCGCUUUUCUCCUGGGCGGUAAUCUCCGCCGUGGGGAUGAGUAACUCGUCUUAUUAUCUAAUGGUGUUCUCUUGCGUGUUCUAUUGGAUCUUCGCGAUUCCUAGGGUUUCUUCGUUUAAGACCAAGAACGAAGCGAAGUACCAUGGAGGAGAGGCUCCUGAUGAGAGCUUUAUACUUGGACCGUUAGAAAGUUGCUUCCUUUCUUUGAAUUUGAUGUUCACGCCGGUUCUAUUCCACGUGGCGUCGCAUUACUCUGUUGUGUUCACCUCAGCUGCUGCGGUUAGCGAUCUGCUGCUUUUGUUUUUUGUCCCUUUCUUGUUUCAGUUGUAUGCUUCGACGAGAGGUGGUCUUCGGUGGGUUACCAAGGACUCUCAUCAGCUGCAGAGUGUUAGGAUUGUGAAUGGGGCGAUUGCGAUGGUUGUGAUUGUGAUUUGUUUGGAGGUUAGAGUUGUGUUUCGGUCUUUUGGGAAGUAUAUCCAGGUGCCUCCUCCGUUGAAUUAUCUUCUUGUGACUAUGACGUUGCUUGGAGGUGGUGCUGGCGCUGGUGCUUCGGUUCUUGGGAUGGUCUCGGGUGGUUUUAGCUCGGUUGUUUUCACAGGUUUGGCUGUGGUUGUGAGUGCUGCGGGAGCUAUCGUUGUAGGAUUUCCAAUUCUGUUUACUCCGCUUCCUGCAGUAGCUGGGCUUUAUUUUGCUCGUUUUUUCACAAAGAAAAGUGUGCCCUCUUACUUUGCAUUCGUUGCUCUUGGAAGCUUAAUGGUUAUAUGGUUCGUAAUGCAUAACUACUGGGAUUUAAACAUAUGGUUAGCCGGCAUGUUCCUCAAGUCAUUCUGUAAGCUUAUAGUGGCUAACAUCAUCAUAGCCAUGGUCAUCCCUGGUCUUGUUCUUCUCCCAUCAAAAUUUCACUUCCUGACUGAAGCUGGUAUGGUGGCCCACGCGUUAUUGCUGUGUUACAUUGAGGACCGUUUUUUCAAUUACUCAAGCAUAUACUAUUAUGGAAUGGAAGACGAUGUGAUGUACCCUAGUUACAUGGUUAUGUUGACGACGCUUAUUGGAUUGGCUGUUGUGAGGAGACUACUUGCUGAUCGCCGAAUUGGAUCAAAGGCAGUCUGGAUCUUGACGUGUCUGUAUUCAGCAAAGUUGGCUAUGCUCUUCCUAUCAUCAAAAUCAAUUGUAUGGGUGUCUGCAGCUCUCUUGCUGGCCGUUUCCCCUCCCUUACUGCUAUACAAGGAGAAAUCGAAAUCGGCCUCUAAAAUGAAACCAUGGCAAGGUUAUUCUCAUGCCGCAGUGGUUGCUAUCUCGGUUUGGUUUUGCCGGGAAACGAUAUUCGAUGCGCUACAGUGGUGGAAUGGAAGGCCUCCAUCUGAUGGCUUGCUUCUUGGUUUCUGCAUCGUUUUGAUUGGUCUGGCCUGUAUACCAAUUGUUGCCCUCCACUUUUCACAUGUCCUGUCAGCGAAGAGAAGCUUGGUAUUGGUAGUGGCAACUGGAUGCAUGUUUAUUCUGAUGCAGCCACCGAUGCCUAUGACGUGGAGUUACCAUUCAGAAAUGAUCAAGGCCGCUCGUGAGUCAGCUGAUGACAUUUCCAUCUACGGAUUCAUGGCAUCCAAACCGACAUGGCCGUCUUGGUUGUUAAUUGUGUCACUCCUGUUGAUUCUUGCUGCUGCCACAUCUCUAAUCCCAAUCAAAUACGUGGUAGAAUUGAGAGCAUUUUACUCCGUCGUCAUGGGUUUAGCUCUCGGUGUUUACAUAUCUGCAGAGUUCUUUCUACAAGCCGCCGUUCUACAUGUUCUGAUUACUAUAACAAUGGUGUGUGCCUCAGUUUUUGUCAUUUUCACCCAUUUUCCAUCUGCCUCAAGCACAAAGGUGCUUCCCUGGGUGUUUGCUCUUCUCGUGGCUCUAUUUCCAGUGACGUAUUUGUUAGAAGGGCAGGUCAGAAUCAAAACUCUCAGUGAUAAUGUUGCGUGGGGUUGGGAUGCAGGAGAGGAGGAUAAGAAAGUCACAGCAAUGUUAGCGAUUGAAGGUGCACGAACAUCUCUUCUAGGUCUCUACGCAGCGAUAUUCAUGCUCAUAGCUCUCUUGAUUAAGUUUGAGCUCACUUCGCUUUUGCGUGAGAAAGUCUCUGAGAGCAGUGGUCUGUCAAAAACCCAAGGCGGCGCAAGGGGGAUGUUCCCAACACGGAUGAGGUUGAUGCAGCAACGCCGAGCCACCUCGAUCCAAAGCUUUGCAAUAGAGAAAAUGUCGGAAGAAGGAGCGGCCUGGAUGCCAGCGGUUGGUAACGUUGCCACCAUCGUGUGCUUUGCCAUAUGCUUAAUUCUCAACAUCCACCUCUCAGGCGGCUCAAGCCAAGCGAUCUUCUUCCUGGCUCCUAUCUUACUUCUCCUGAACCAAGACUCUGAUCUCUUAUCCGGGUUCGGUGAUAAACAGAGAUACUUCCCGGUUAUACUAGCCAUAUCAACAUACUUGGCUUUAUCCUCUCUCUACACUAUAUGGGAAGAAGUUUGGUUCGGUGGAAACACAGGAUGGGGAAUAGAAAUCGGAGGCCGUGAAUGGUUCUUUGCAGUGAAGAACCUGGCUCUCCUAAUACUCACAGCGCCAGGUCACAUUAUAUUCAACAGGUACGUGUGGAGUUACACCAGUAAACAGUCAGACGCUUCGCCGAUGCUGACCUUGCCACUUAGCUUUGCAGCCGUGGUGAUAACGGACGUGUUUCAGGUUCGGCUUCUUGGAGUUUUAGGCAUUGUUUACACUGUGGCUCAGUAUGUGAUAUCUAGGCAACAAUAUAUUAAAGGGCUGAGGUAUAUUUAGACAGCUGUAGAGUCCUUUUUUGUGUAACAAUGUUUCAUUUUCCCUGUCUUUCUUGACCUUUUGUUUCUCGGUUGAUGCAUUGAAAAUUGCAGAGAUACGUUUUACAUGA